GAGUGACUAUACCACCCGAUUAUGUAAGUGUAAUUCAGAUAGCACGUAAUACCCAUGGAACAUUACAUAAUAUACGACCAUCAAAUGUCUGUUUCACUCUCUAACCUGCGAAAGCUCCUCCUGGAUGCGAGAACGCAAGGCUGCAGCAAACAGCAGAUCUGACCUUCACUUUAAUGCAGAUUAAACGCAUCUGGACGCCGCAGCGCGCGUGCGGUGGAUGGACGUCCUCACAGGCUGCACCAUGAGAACGGAUCUUCUUUAAGAGCUCUUUUUAAUAGUUUCUAACAGGAUUCUCGGCUGUAGGUUGAUGUGGGCAUCAUGCACGCGGAUGUCUGCUUUAUGCUCUGCGCGUGUUUUUUCUCCACUGGAGCGCUGCAGCUGCGCGGACAGGUGCUUCAGACCUGCAGCCAAACCAGAUCCAAACGAGAAACCACCAGAACAGAGAGAGAAGCACAUAAACCUGGCAAGACUUUACUAAUGAGAAGUCCAGAUGUCACGAAAGCUCCCGUUACGAAAUCAGAACAGCUCCUCAAGUUAGAUGACCAUGACUUCACCAUGAGGCCUGGCUUUGGAGGGCCCGCGAUACCUGUGGGUGUUGACGUUCAGCUUGAGAGUCUGGACACCAUCUCUGAAGUAGAUAUGGACUUCACCAUGACCCUGUACCUGAGACAUUACUGGAAGGACGAGCGACUGUCCUUUCCCAGCAACACCAACCAGAGCAUGACCUUUGAUGGCCGGCUGGUCAAGAAAAUCUGGGUACCUGACAUAUUUUUUGUCCAUUCCAAACGAUCCUUCAUCCAUGACACCACCACAGAGAACGUCAUGCUCCGAGUGCAUCCUGAUGGCAAAGUGCUCUACAGCUUGAGGGUCACAGUCACAGCGAUGUGCAAUAUGGAUCUCAGUCACUUUCCCCUGGACACCCAGACAUGCUCACUGGAGAUUGAGAGCUAUGCCUAUACGGAUGACGACCUCAUGCUGUACUGGAAGAGAGGAAACAAAUCUCUGCAGACGGAUGAGAAGAUCUCUCUGUUUUUGUUAUUCAUUUAGGGGUUUCGAACUAAUGCUGUACUGGCUUUCUACAGCAGCACAGGUUGGUACAAUCGUCUUUACAUCAACUUCACUCUGCGUCGUCAUAUCUUCUUCUUCCUGCUUCAGACGUACUUUCCCGCCACUCUUAUGGUCAUGUUGUCAUGGGUGUCCUUCUGGAUCGACCGGCGCGCUGUUCCUGCGCGGGUUCCUCUGGGCAUCACGACGGUGCUCACCAUGUCCACCAUCAUCACUGGAGUGAACGCCUCCAUGCCCAGAGUCUCCUACAUCAAAGCCGUGGACAUUUACCUCUGGGUCAGCUUCGUCUUUGUCUUCCUGUCUGUGAUCGAGUACGCUGCUGUUAAUUACCUGUCCACUCUGCAGGAGCGCAAAGAGAGGACGCAAAGCAGCAGGCAGUUGCCGUGUACGUGUGGAAUGACCCAUCCUGGUCAGAUGAUGAUGAGCAGCAGCUACAGCGACAUGGACAUGAUGACCACAGGGAACUACGGCAUGUCCGAGCUGAACGGAGACAAACAGGAGCAGUUCCUGGUUCAUCUGGUCCUGGAUAAUGAGCAGGGAGCUCAAAGACCGGCUGUAGGCUCAAGCAGCAGCUUAUUUAUAGACACUCAUGCCAUAGACAAAUAUUCACGGGUCAUUUUCCCUGGAGCCUACACACUCUUCAACAUCAUAUACUGGUCCAUCUACUCACAAUGACUGCUGCUCCUUUACAUUAUAUGACAUUUGAGAAAGUCUUGGGAAUACAGGUUACUUAUGAAAAACUGUUCCCUUUUUUUUUUUUAAUUACGCUUGAAACAUGGAUUCAAUUUUAGCCUCUCUGCAAUAAACAAAUACAUGUGACUGUAUGUGUGCAGUUGACAUGAUGCACUAGUUUCCUCUCCUCAAAAGAAAGUUUAUUUUUCUUGGAUAUUUUAAUCUUUAGGUUGAGUAGCAAAGAACAUUGAUUUUGUCAAUAAAUAUUAAAUUGCCUAUUCAGUUAGCAAUUUGUUUAGCAUUUUCAUGUAAAAUGUGUAAAUUGCAGUGAUUUGAUGGGCCAUGAACUUUGAAAUACAGAAACAUCAAAAUGAACAACAGAGAUCAAAAUAUUAAGUACAUUAUUGUUAUUACUAUAGUUUUUUUUUUUUUUUAUUGUGGGGUUAUUUUUUUUGGAACUUUGAAAAUACUGCAAAUCAGGUAUGAUGGAAAAAGAUAUUUCCAUUUGCCCUCCUACAAUGGACUAAAUCUGAAAAAUGUAUUCAUUCAUUCUUUAGUUUUGUACCUUAACAUAAUAGAUGUUCAACAUUUAAGCAUAAAGGCACAAAAUACAGCAUAAAAAUACAGUAUGUUUUGCUUAUUUGUGUUGAUGCAACAUAUUGGCAUCAUGUGUCAUGAUCUGAUCAUGUGACAAAAUAUCUUGAAUGUGCAGUGUAACACAUUAAACUCCAUCUAAACCAGGCCCUAAGAUCAGGCCCUUUCUAACGGAGCAUGCUGCACAACUUCUUGUCCAGGCCCUUGUCAUUUCUAGGCUGGACUACUGCAAUGUUCUUCUGGCUGGACUUCCAUCAAGCACAAUCAAACCUCUAGAAAUGAUUCAGAAUGCAGCGGCACGACUGGUCUUUAAUGAGCCCAUGUUACACCUCUCUUUAUCUCCUUGCACUGACUACCGGUCGUGUCUCGUAUCAAGUUCAAGACAUUGAUGCUUUCAUAUAGAACAGCCACAGGCUCAGCACCCGCCUACUUCCACUCACUACUAUAAAUCUACAUCCCCUCCAGAAGUCUGAGAUCCGCAACGUGUGCGACGCCUCGUGGUACCAUCACAGAGAGGCUCAAAAUCACUUUCCAGAACAUUCUCGUUCACCAUUCCUGGCUGGUGAAAUGAUCUUCCCACAACUAUCCGGAAUCCCUGACAAUUUUCAAGCUACAGCUGAGAACUCAUCUCUUCCGAAGCUACUUGACUUCAUCAUAAAAAAAAAAUAAUGAUAAAAAAAUUGUCUUUCUCAUUAUCUAUUCCUUCUCUUUCUAGCUUGUACUUAUUUGAACAAUUUCUA